AUGUCCUCUGUCAUGCUAAUGGACGCCUACCGUGACAAACGCUCCAGAAUCUGCUUCGCCUACAGGAUGAACGGCCAGCUCUUCAAUCAACGGCGAAUGCUCUUCCAGUCGCGUGUAUCCACAACUGCCGUCUAUGAGAUUCUUGUCACCAACGACUGCUCUCUCAACGCAACUACAGAAGGGGACAUGCAAAAGAGCAUGGAUCUCUUCGGCUUCGCCUGUGAGAAUUUCGUUCUGGUGAUUAACACAGAGAAGACGGUUAUCAUGCAUUAACCGCCACCGAACACAGCCCGAAAUCGAUGCGAACGGAAACCAAAUGUAAGCAUCGGACAGUUUCACGUAUCUGGGCAGCACCCUCUCCAACGGCACCAAAAUCGACGACGAAGUUGCCCGCCUCAUUUCCAAAGCCAGUCGAGCCUUCGGCAGUCUGCAGAACACCGUCUGGAACUGUCACGGUCCACAUCUCAUCACGAAGCUGAAGACGUUCAAGACAGUCAUCCUCCCAGCAUGGCUGUAUGGAGCGGAGGCCUGGAACAGGUGCGGAGACUAAACCACUUCCACCUUAGCUGUCUUCGGCGGAUACUGAAGCUAAGGUGGCAGGACCGGAUCCCCGACACUGGCGUACAGAAGAGCACGGAAAUUCUCAGCAUCUAUGUCGUGCUGGGACAUCUGCAACUGCGUUGGAUCGGCUACCUCGUGCGGAUGGACAAACAGAGGCUACCCAAUCGACUCUUCUAUGGAGAUGCUGCCACGGGUGCCUGCCGCCAAGGAGGCGAAAUCCGUCGAUACGAUGACACUCGGAAGACCUCCCUGAAGCAUCUGCAGAUCAAUUCGAUCAACUGGGGGGACCUCGCUCAAGACCAACUGGCCUGGAGGAGGACGGUGAAGAGAUGCGCAGCGAUCUACGAACGCAACCACAUCAUCGCCGCGAAAGCCAAACGAGAAGCAUGCAAAUCUCAGCUGCGCUCACUUCGCAAAGCCAACGUCCAACCGCCCCCAACGUGUCCACUGUGUCAGCAGACAUUCCGGGAGCCAAUUGGACUUCUUGGACAACUUCAGGCCAACUGCAGCACUCGAACUGCACCAACCGUCGUCUCUCCGUCCACAUUUCCCUCGCCUUCUACGUUGUCAACUAAUUCUGACCGCCCUCCCCAACCGCCACCUCCAUCCUCCUCCUCCUCCUCCUCCUCCUCCUCCUACUACUACUACUACUACUACUACUACUACUACUACUGCCUCCACGUCUGCCGUUAUGGCGUCUGCCACGCACAUUAA